CAGAGAAAGAACUUUGACCCUGUACUUCACGAAGACGGAGGUUCAUCUUAAAGUGAAUCCAUAUAUUUGAAUGUGUGUUGACAUAAUUCGCACUAAUUUAUAAAGACAUCUUAUAUACAGUAUAAUGCCUGAGAUUCCAGAGAAGACUCAGAACAUGUUUCAGGAGGGGCUACAUCAGGUGUUUUUUAAGGUGCGCCCUUUGCCCAGCCCUGUUCCAGCGGACGACUCCACAGCUGGAGAACUGAUGGAAGACAGACUGGUCCGCUGGUUUGGGAAAAUGGUCAACACCCGCCUUCUCCUGUCUGGGAUUGUUCAGAUUUUGAGUGCUGCCUUCUGUAUUCUUUCCACUUUCUCCUAUACUUGUUUGACUUUCAGCUGUUCUGCGUCUAUGACGGCUCCGAUAUGGUGUAGCCUUUUUUUUCUAGCCACGGGGUCACUUGCAAUUGAUGUCCAGAGGAAACCCCAAAAAAUCAAAGUCAUGACUCUGAUGUGCCUGAAUAUCUUCAGCUUACUGUUUGCAGUUUGUUCUUUUGUCACCUUCUUUAUUAAAUCGUCACUCAUGGAAAAGGCCACCCCUCAGCAGCGCAUUGGUGUGUAUGUGCUGAAGGGCAGUGGUUUCAUGUCCAUCAUCCAGUGCAUGUUAGCAGCCAUAUACAUGCUCUUUCUGAUUUGGAAAGGUAUCAAGUCUUACAGCACCCUCUGCAGACCGGACUACAUCAGCGUAAUACAGAAAUCAGAUGAGCAUGCAGAUCCACUGCUGGAAAACGAACAGUUCAGCAUUUAAACAGUUGGUGUGUGGAAUCAGGAAAACUUAUGCAAAAAAAAAUGUAUGGCUUAUUUUAUUUUAUCAAGAGAAUAAAUACAUUUUAAGCAUUUACACCCAGGUUUACUAUGACAAAUAAUAGUGAUAUUGCAAAAACCUGAUUACAUAUUUCAGUUUGUGCAAAUCCCAAGCAAUAAAUCUACAUAAUUUAUCUUACAUUUAAUGUAUCGUUUAUAUACAUUCAAUACAUAUUCAUGCCAUUUGUGAAAAUAACAUGGACCCCAAUCAAUGAUUUUGUAUAUUUAUAUAUUUAUGUACAAUUAUAUAUGGUUAUUAAAUUGUCUUAAGAUGUCCUUGUUGUGCUAUGCUGAAAGUCAACAAGACAACAUUAGAUUAAAAUUGACCAUGUUCACGUUCUUAAGUUUUUAAAGGGAUAGUUCACCCAAGAAUGAAUAUUUGAAUAUUCUGAAGAAUGUUGGAAACCAAACAGUUUCCGGUAGCCAUAGACUUCCAUACUUGAUUUUCCAUAGUAUGGCUACCAGCAAAUUGUCUUUUUCUGUUUAACAGAAGACAGAAAAUCUAGAGGGUGAGUAAAUGAUUACUGAAUUUACAUUUUUUGGGUGAACUAUCCCUUUGGGUGAACAUAAUUAGGCAAAUGAUUGCACAUUAAAAAUGUAAUAACUUUAUCCACUUCUGCCUCAAAUGACUUUAAUGCAUAGGCAGGGAAAAAUAAAAUCAGUAAUGUCUUAACCUACUUUUCUACAAUCACAUACCAAUGGAUUUGUUUUCAUUAUUUCCUCAUAAAUAUUCUGUUUUA